AUGAAUGAUUCUGAAAAUGAAUUAAAACAUCUAAUGAAUGAAAGUCAAAAUAAUCCUUGGAAAUUAACUGCAAAAAAUCUAAAAGGAAUUAUUGAUUUUGUAACAAAUGCAAAGUAUUUGCCAAGAUAUACACCAUCAAUAAUCGAAUCCAUUUCGACAGGUUUUUAUGCUAUGAAAUUAUCGAAACGAACAACUAUACCAUGUAAUGUUAAAAUUGAAUUAUCAGAGUGA